GUCCCGGAGGCAUGGUAUCUCCAGGUGAGUGUUUGAAGCUGGGAAGCAGAACCUUCGGUUUUCCCGCGAAAAUUUUGCUUAGGCAUCCCUCAACUGUCUCACAGCCUCACUCCCUCGCUAGACCGAGCUCUACAAUACCUCCUGCUCGUACUAUGUCAAGUCACUGAUAAGCAACACCAGCCACGUACAGUCAUUGUGUAGUCAGUGCGUCAGCCUACUCUCAAAUUCCCCCCACGCUGCGGCAAGGUAGCCAACUCGGCCCGUUUACCGCUCGCGCCGACGAAAUGGCGGCUCUACGCAGCACUAUCCCUGCGUUUUCAGGCCUCCGCGCCGCUGCUCCCGCACAGUCCAAGGCUGCGCCCAACGCUCAGCCUGCCCGUCGCUCUGCGCCAGUCCUCGUCGCAGCUUCCACCAGCGGCAACGAAUCUGCCGUCUCGCAGGCGUCGCAGACGCUUUUCGCGAGCGUCGCCGAGUCCACUGCCGCAGCGCCUUCCGCUCCCGCUUCUCUCCCAGGGGGAGUCAUCGUGCCCGCGAUUCUCGGCGCGGGAGUUUUGGGCGGUGCGACCUUCGCGCUCGUGUCGAAGGCGACAAAGCCGGCGUCGAGUGCCACGUCAGCGGCGGGAACCGCCGCUAAUGGCGCUGCCAUCCCACGUGCUAAGAGGGCUGCCCCAGCGGCCCUGGCGACGAUGGCAGCCACCUUCCCCAACGCGAUGCAGGAGGACACGUUCAUGCACGCCGUCGCCGACGAGCUGCGCAACCUGGGCUUUAAGCGCGACAACUGCAUCGCGCUCGUCAACACGUGCCGCGACGAGGUGUGCCGUCCCAUCGUCAACCUGAUCGACAAGGAGUUCGGGCUCAGCUUUAACAUCUCCGGGCUGGGCGGGCUCGUCAACUGCGGCAAGACGGGGUUCAAGGCCGCCAUGAGCCACUCGCCCGAGUUCCCCUGCGAAACAGACGGCAAGCCUCGCGAAAGAUACAUCUUUUUCGGCUUCCCCCACGUGUCCGUGGGCGAGAGCGGCGAGGUGGGGUCGCUGCUGCGCCGUGGGCGUGGCAAGCCGUCGUCGGCGUGCGGAGCGCUGAUCGCCAUCAAGGGCGACAUCGCUGCCGGGGGGGAGAUCGAGGACGACCCUAACAACGCGGAAUACGUUCUUCUCAAGAAGAAGAUUGCUGCUAAGAUCCCCCCAUCUUCUGGAGCUCCUUCCUUGGUGCAAGUGACGCGCGCCGCCCUGCAAGCCAUCACAGACGAUCUCGAGAACCUCAUCUCCCUUACAGUCGACCCCACUACAGCGGACUAUGCCGUCAUCACAGGGGUGCAGAUUCACUCUGGAAACCAGGUGCCUGGGGAGGAGUUCUGUAUCGAGCGCACAUGUGACUAUAUCGCACCGAACGCCAUGUAUGCGGUGAUCAGGGGGGAGAAGCACAUUCUGCACUGCGAGGUGAAUCAAAUCACGGGUAUCAGCUCAGUGCCUGCUGACCAGUUUGCGUCCUCAUAAGGAGCUUUUGUUGGUUCAUGCGGAUUACCUCUUGCCUUGGUUAUGUACAAGCAUAUCGUACUAGUGGCCUAUAAUUUGUCGACAAUGCUGAGCUUUGUACCUUAUAUAAAUUACAAGCAUCCUUCAAUCGUACGGAUACAG